AAUGGCGCAGAAAGGAGUUCAGCUGGACCGAGAAACCUUCUCUUGUUCGAUCUGUUUGGAUCUACUGAAGAAUCCGGUGGCUAUUCCCUGUGGACACAGCUACUGCAUGAACUGUAUUAAAAGCUUCUGGGAUGAAGAGGGAGAGAAGAAAAUCUACAGCUGCCCUCAGUGCAGACAGACUUUCACACCGAGGCCUGUCCUGGUGAAAAACACCAUGUUAUCAGUUUUACUGGAGGAGCUGAAGAAGACUGGACUCCAAGCUGCUCCUGCUGAUCACUGCUAUGCUGGACCUGAAGAUGUGGCCUGUGAUGUCUGCACUGGAAGAAAAAUCAAAGCAAUGAAGUCCUGUUUGAUGUGUUUGGUUUCUUACUGUGAGAAACACCUUCAGCCUCAUUAUGAUGUGGCUCCAUUCAAGAAACACAAGCUGGUGGAGCCCUCCAAGGAGCUCCAGGAGAACAUCUGCUCUCGUCAUGAUGAGGUGAUGAAGAUGUUCUGCCGUACUGAUCAGCAGAGUAUCUGUUAUCUCUGCUCUGUGGAUGAACAUAAAGGCCACGACACAGUCUCAGCUGCAGCAGAAAGGACUGAGAGGCAGAGAGAGCUGGAGGUGAGUCGACAAAACAUCCAGCAGAGAAUCCAGGACAGAGAGAAAGAUGUGAAGCUGCUUCAACAGGAGGUGGAGGCCAUCAAUCAGUCUGCUGAUCAAACAGUGGAGCACAGUGAGAAGAUCUUCACUGAGCUGAUCCAUCUCAUCCAGAAAAGAAGCUCUGAUGUGAAGCAGCAGAUCAGAUCCCAGCAGGAAACUGAAGUGAGUCGAGUCAAAGAGCUUGAGGAGAAGCUGGAGCAGGAGAUCACUGAGCUGAAGAGGAAAGAUGCUGAGCUGAAGCAGCUCUCACACACAGAGGAUCACAUCCAGUUUCUACACAACUACCCCUCACUGUCAGCACUCAGUGAGUCUACAGACUCAUCCAGCAUCAAUAUCCGUCCUCUGAGGUACUUUGAGGAUGUGACAGCAGCUGUGUCAGAGGUCAGAGAUAAACUACAGGACAUUCUGAGAGAGGAAUGGACAAACAUCUCACUGACAGUCACUGAAGUGGAUGUUUUACUGUCAGAUUUACACACAGAGCCAAAGACCAGAGAAGGAUUCUUAAAAUAUUCAUGUCAAAUCACACUGGAUCCAAACACAGCAAACAAACGGCUGUUAUUAUCAGAGGGGAACAGAAAAGCAACAUAUGUGAGGCAACAACAGUCUUAUUCUGAUCAUCCAGACAGAUUUACUUAUUGGUGGCAGGUCCUGAGCAGACAGAGUCUAACUGGAUGUUGUUACUGGGAGGUGCAGUUGAGUGGGCAAGUUUUUGUAGCAGUUGCAUACAAGAAUAUCAUCAGAGCAGGGAGUGGAAAUGAAUGUUGGCUUGGACAUAAUGACAAAUCUUGGGCAUUAGAAUGUAUCAACAACAGUUAUACAUUUUGGUGCAAUGACAUCAAAACUCCUGUCUCAGGUCCUCAGUCCUCCAGAGUAGGAGUGUACCUGGAUCACAGAGCAGGUAUUUUGUCCUUCUACAGCGUCUCUGAAAUCAUGACUCUCCUCCACAGAGUCCAGACCACAUUCACUCAGCCGCUCUAUGCUGGACUUUGGAUUGGAGACACUGCUGAGUUCAUUAAAGUGAAAUAGGCUGAAGUCUUUCAUAUUGUUGUGAGUUUAAAUCUGUAUUUUAGUUGCCUUUUAGUUUCUCUCUAUCAUUAUUGUGGAAUUUAUGUGCUGCACAUAAACCAGAUGUCAGCCAAACAUUAUGGGCGGUACCUCGACAUCUUCAAGAUGUUGUCUUGAUGUUUUUACGUUUUAUAGGUGGAGCUCUUUCCUGUGUCUGUUUAGCCAUUGAGACUAUCAAUGCUUACGAAUAAUUUUUAUUUAAAAAAAUUUCUCCACAUGAAAACAUACACUUCUCUAUCCUCUAAAUGUUUACUGAAUAAUUUUUUAGGUAUUUGUAUGUUGUUGUUUCUCUUCACUGAUCUUAACAGAGAAGUCUACAGACCUUCCUUUAUCACACAGAUUUUAUUCUUAUUACUUUGUACAUUUAUAAAGAAAACAAUUAAUUACAGAGCAAUAAGAAAUUUUAAGAAAGUGCACUAUAUCAUAAUUUAUAGUAAAGUGUAUUAAAGCAUCAUUAGUUAGUCACUUAUUUAGUUUGGAGCUGUAUCAUCUAACACUGUAGAAACAUUUCCUCCAGCUUCACCACAGAAUGUUAAAAACAGAACAGGACUAUUAAUGACAACAAACAGUAGGAACACAGUAUCAGCAAACAUCAUGGCUUAAAAUGGAGAGUAAAAAUCUAAAAAAAAAAAAAAAUAGUAAAAAGGAUUUCCUGUUGACAUGUUUUUGGUCCUUACUUGUCUGCAGCACCUCCAGGAUGUUUCUUAUAUGUUCUGGUUAUUUUUGCACCAAUUUUAGUUUCUGUCAAUAGGAAGUUCAAGUUCAACUCAGUGUGUUUGAUUUUUUUCAAACUGAUACCUGACCGUGAAAACCUUUUUUAAAAAACAUCUGUCAAUAAAGUGAUGAUAUAAAAUGCUUAUAUUAGUACUGAAAAACCCUGCAUACCCACUUUACAGACAUAAAUAAUUAUAUAAAUCCACAGCUGAACUGGAGGAGCAGCUGAUCUAGUUCACUCAUGUGUUUCUGGACUAAGAGUUGGAGCAAAUACCUUACAUGGUUCAAUGAUGUUUGUUUUUGUUAAAUAUUUUGUAGAUCCAAGAGUGAGUUUGACUCA